AACAUCACAGGUCACUACAUCUUUCAAGCCAAAAACCCACUGAAAUUAUCCAAACAUCACCUCGGUGAGAAGAUCCAUCAUGUCCCACCACUCAAUCCUGGCUUCUUCUGGACACAAGCACUUCAGUUCCUGUUCUGUUGCUUUACCCAAACAUUCCAGAUCACACAGCUUCCUAUCACACUCUUCUAAACAUAGUGAACAUGGUCACAAGACCCAGCAUCACUUUACCAGUGCAAGUCUACAUAAUGUGGGUUCAAAAGGACAUAAGAUAUCAGUUGGAAGUAUUCAUCUAGGUAAAGGUGGUCAUGGACAUAAAUCUGGAUUUGGUGUUGGUUCUCUUGGUCAUGGAUUUGGUAGUUCAUCUUGUUCUGGAGGGAUCAACCCUGUUACUAUAAAUGAAGGUCUACUGGCUCCUCUCAACUUGGAAAUUGACCCAAGUAUUCAAAGAGUGAGGACAGAGGAGAAGAAUCAGAUCAAAGGUCUCAACAAUAAAUUUGCCUCUUUCAUUGAUAAGGUGAGAUUCCUAGAACAGCAGAACAAGAUGCUGGAGACCAAAUGGUCUUUACUGCAAGAGCAGAAUACAGCCAGGUGUCAGAUUGAACCUCUGUUUGAGGUAUUUAUUAACAAUCUCAGGAGACAGCUGGACAAUCUGGAAUGUGAGAGAGCUCGUUUGGAUGCAGAGAGGAACAGUGCGGAGGGAUCACUGGAUGAAAUAAGGAGAAGAUAUGAAGAAGAACUUAACAGGCGCACAGCAGCAGAGAAUGAGUUUGUUGCACUGAAGAGAGAUGUCAAUUCAGCAUUUAUGAAUAAGGCUGAGCUGCAGGCAAAUGUCGAUUCCCUCACUGAUGAGAUCAACUUCCUGAGGACUCUGUAUGAUGCAGAGAUUAAUCAGCUCCAAGCUCAGAUCUCAGACACUUCAGUGGUUGUGUCAAUGGACAAUAGCCGAGACCUUGACCUGGAUAGUAUCAUUGCUGAGGUCAGAGCUCAAUACGAAGAGAUUGCUAACAGAAGCAGAGCUGAGGCUGAGGCCAUGUAUCAGUCAAGGUUUGAUGAGCUUCGUUUGGCAGCUGGAAGGAAUGGAAACAAUCUACAGAACAGUAGAAAUGAAAUUGCUGAGCUCACUCAGACAAUUCAGAGGGUUAAAGGGGAGAUUGAGUGUGCUAAAUCUCAGCGUGCUGCACUGGAAGCCGCCAUUAAUGAAGCUGAGGAACAAGGUGAAGCCGCUAUCAAAGAUGCCAAACAUAAGCUAGCUGAAUUAGAGGCUGCCCUACAGAAGGCCAAGCAGGACAUGGCUCGCCAACUAAGGGAAUACCAGGAACUGAUGAAUGUCAAACUGGCUUUGGAUAUUGAGAUUGCUACAUAUAAGAAGAUGUUGGAGGGAGAGGAGCAUAGAUUGACUGGUGAAGGCCAUGUGAACAUAUCUGUUGUGCACUCCAGUACUGGAGGAAAGCAUCACUCAGGAGGCCACCAUGGUGGACAUCAUCAACAUUAUCACCACAAGGGAGGAUUCAGCUCUGCCAGCCAUACUUCCAAAAUAAAGCACCACUCUAGCCACGGGCACCAUUGCUGAAGCAACUGAUUGUUAUCCAAAUGCCAAUGGCAAACAUAUACUUCAAUAAAAAAUAUAUUAUUGUUGUAGAUGCAGGCUCUUGAGGACUCCCCCUGUAUUGCCAUUGCAUUACUCUAUUAUGCCUGCUUAGCGACCCAUAUUGUUAGUAUGUAUUGUAAAUAAAGUUAUCUCUUCUCUUCUAUAUUGUCCUAAAUAAACUAUUUACAUAUCAUUAAA